CGACCUAGCACUUCCAGAGUCGCAUUUCUCUCGUGACUUCAAGCUUCACUCUCCUCUUUUCACUCAGAAAGAUGGAGCUUUCUACGAGCCUCACCCAACCCAUUUCCACUCUCCCUGCCGUCAGAUUCCUGACCCCAACUCCCUCUCUCCCUCUCUGCCGACCACCGCUUUCUCGCUCCAGCGCCCGUGGCCUCCGUUCCGGGGUUUUGUAUUUUAACAGCCCGUUGCCUAAAGCAACAACAUCCGGAGAAACCUCCUCGACCGGUCCGAAUAGAUUUUUCGGGGACGAUCGCGACAGCGUGGUCACAUUGGAAGAAGUUCCGGCGGUGGAGAAGAAUAUAUACAAUGAGAAGCUGCCACCGGAAGGACCUAAAGAAGAGUCGGGUGUCGAUGAGGAAUCGCAAAUAUUUCAGUUUUUGGAGAACCUUAAAGCAAAGCUUGACUCUGAAGAUGCAAAUUCAAUUAUAUUAUAUGGAAGUGGCACCUUGGUUGCUUUGUGGCUAGUUUCAGCUGUUGUCGGUGCUAUUGACUCAAUUCCACUGUUCCCGAAGUUGAUGGAAGUUGUGGGCCUUGGCUACUCACUCUGGUUUGGCUCACGGUAUCUGUUAUUCAAGAAAAACAGGGAGGAGUUGACUGCUAAAAUUGAAGAGCUUAAGCAGCAGGUCCUUGGCUCAGAUGAUGAUUGAUGUAGGAUCUGUUUUUGAUUUACCCAGUGUUGUUUGUUACACAGAAAGAUGAAAUGCAGAGUUGAAUAUUUUCUCUAGUUGAUAUAUAGACGCUUAGUGUACAAAUAUGUCAAUAAUUAGACUAAAGUCAAGGCAUCAAGAUAAAGAUUUAUUGGUUUGUGCUUCUAUGCU